GACUUGUUCGUCUUUCCAGUAGUUUCCGCCUCUUCGUGGCAAGAUGAAGUUCGUAGUAGGAGAGGAGGAAAGGCGAAGCCGUGCGAACUGGGGAGAAAUGGGGAAAGGCGGCGAGCUGUGGGAUGACUCCGCCCUGGUCGACGCCUUCGACCACGCCGUCUCCACCUUCAAGGCAAUGCAUGGCAAGAACAACCUAUCUGCUUCAUCUGAGAAACAAGAGUCAGAAGAUGUCACUGCUUCUGUCGACACUGCUGCUGGAGAAGAGUCCGUCUCUGAGAAACAAGAACCAGAACAUGUCAUUGCUUCUGCAGAUGAGCAAUUAGAGAAAGCUGGCAACUUGACUAACUUACCUGCUGAUCAAACGGAGGCACCACAACACCCCUGUGAAGAAAUAAAGACCAUCGAGCAAGCUCCUCUUCAAGCAACUGAUCUGGGCAAAGAGGCAAAUGUAUCAGAAUCCAAGACAUGCUCCUCAGAUAUUACUGAUACUGAGAGAAGGGAUAGCUCAAACCAGCAGACAUGGGACUACAAUGAAUUACUCAGGAAGUAUUACGAACUUGAGGUGCAAAGCCAGAAAGUUCUUGAGCAACUCCAUCAGACAAAUUACUGGAAUUAUCAAAUCCCUGGACAAUCUUCAGCAUACCAACAGCAGCAAGUUCCUGCCUAUAGUGCCACAGCACCAGAUCCAAACUACUCAACCGCUCACCCCCCAUGCUGCUCUUUGAAUGUCCCCAUGGUAUCUAUCUCUUGCUGUUCAACCGGCCAGCAAAGUGCCGAUUCCACUUCUAUGCCACCUAGCGGAGGCUGCAGCAUAUCAUUGACUUGUGAUCAAUGCCCUGGAGCAAGCGCCACAUAUCCUACAGGUGCAACCUUCAUGCAGUUUCCAACUAAGGUAUCUGCUAAUGAUGAUCAGGUUGGUAAGGCUGCAAUGAUGACUGCUGAAGGUGCCAUGAAUUUCAUAAAAAGUUCAAUAUCUGGAGACCCCGGCUCCUUUGCAAGUGAAACUGGAAAGCAGAACACAAAUGUCGGCAUGACGCCGAAUUUUGACACCACAGGGGCUGACAGCGAUCUUGCUGUUGUCUUAAAUGCAUGGUAUACAGCAGGAUUUCACACUGGCAGGUAUGUCAUGCAGCAAUCCAUGAAAAAUUCCCGACAAAAUUAACUACCAAAACCCAGAUAGAGGUUGACGAAGGGUCCCUUCCUCUUCUUGCUUAUGGAAGAAUCGAGAUAUCUACUCCAGCUUUUGACUGAAUCGAACAUGUCAAUGGAGUUUCGCAUGCACGGUUUUAUGCUGGCCAGCUUUCAAGGAUGAGCGAGGAUUAGACUUGGCAGGAAAACUUAACUAAAAUACAUAUCCGUUCGCAAGGAUUAUGUUGCCUUCCUAUCCAAUCAAGUGCCGAAUGGGAAAGAUGAUGUGUUGAUGAUUUUGUAACCCAAAUCUGUCAAGAAAAAAAGAAUCAGUAUCAAUAUAUAUUAGCUGGGUGUUUGGUCAAUCCACUUCUCCAUUGUCUGAUGGUAAUAUUGUAGGGAACUGUUGAGCAGCCAUGCGGAAUGAGGCUUGGAACUUUGGAAGGUGUACUCUCUUCAAACUAAGUACUCCUACCAUUUGUGCCACGUGAAUAGCUUACAUC